UCCAACCGCUCGCCCGCUGACCUAACCCUCACUCGUGCUCGCACCGUGCAGACUCACCCCCUUCCCCGACCCGGCACCCUCGCCCUCCUCCCCGCGCUGGGGCCGAAACCGGGACGCAGGGAAGACUCCGGCCGGGAUGAGAAUCGCUCCAGACGUGGAGGCUCCCGCAGCGCGGAACGAGUGAGCAGCACAAACCUGUCUCUGGCCACCAACCGGCGCUCGUCGAGCCUCCUUUACCACUUCAACAUCAUCCGAGAAGAAGAUUACGACAAGCAGAUGUGUGCGAUCGAAUGCAGAAAGGAAAAGAAUGAGCAGGAGUUUUACUGCAGCAGUGAGUUUGCGAUAAGCGCCAUCAUCCACAGCAUAGACCCCCUGGGGAAGGGGCUGCGGCUGGUGACCGUGCUGGUGGACAGCGAUGGCUUCUAUCGGACCAGCCGCCUGUAUGUGACGCCGGAUGGAUUCUUCUUCAAGGCGCACGUUCUGGUCGUCGACACUUUCAACUGCAAGCGGCCGUGUCCGGACCUGAAAUUUGGUGCUCGGUACAUCAUGAUGGGCCAGAUUUAUCACAGGAGAUAUUCUCUACCUGCCUGGGUGCAGGAGCGUGUGACUGGGCGGCUGAAACCCGGGGACGGGUUGGUGAAGAGCAGCAGCUACGUGAAAAGGUACAACAGAAAAAGAGAGCAGAAACUACAGGCAGCACAGGACGGGAAAUGCGGAGGAUCUUUUCCAGGAAUCUCAGGGAAAUAAAACUAUAAUAAUAAAAGUCCUUGCAUUUUGAUAUAGCGCCU